AAGUACCUGAUGCAGAAACGAGUUUUUUAUCUGGAUCAUCAACCGAUGAUUCUCACUUAAGAACAUUGGAAUUAGGUAUGGAAGAGGCAUUGGAGCCUGGACAAAGGCAAAGCCGUUUAUUGGAUGAGAUAUUAGCAGAAGGUAGUGAAAAUUCAAGUUUAGGCUCAUUACCCGAUCCAAUAGCACAAAUCACAGCUGAACGAGAUGAAGCCUUGAUUCAAGUGGAUGAAGCUCAACAAACAAUUACCAGGCUUAGACUUAGGAUUCCAGAUCUUGAAACUGAUAUCUUUUUAGAUGAACAAUUAAUUCGGCAACAUCAACAAGAAGCUCAUGAGGAAAUUCAAAUUUUAGAGUUAGAACUUGAACAAUGCUAUGAGGAAAAGC